AGUGUACAUUGCUUGAUAGUUCAGUGCAUUUGAGUGCAAGCAGGCAGCGCAGUGGGCAGACUGCAGGUAUGCCCAGAGCAAAGAUCUCCCUGCUGGAGGUGUGGCGCAGGAACCGAACAACUCGCCUGAAGAAAUCCAAAGACCUGAAACUAUGGCCACAUCAACUGGAGAAGCUAAGGGAUCCCGAGGUGGUGGCAUCCCUCACCCAGCAGAAUGCCAAGAUGGCCUGCCUGCUCCCCCCCACAGGCACCGAUGUGUUUCGCCGCUUCACGCCGGAGACGCUGGUGGAAAUCGAGCGGCGCAUGGUGGAAGAAGCUUCUGAGCAGGAGCGCAAGAAAGCCCUGAACAUUGAGGUUGCUGAAGAGGACCUUCCUAAACCCUCCAGUGACCUGGAGGCAGGGAAGUCUUUGCCCUUCAUCUAUGGAGACCCACCACCAGAGCUCCUCAAUGUACCUCUGGAGGACCUGGACCCAUACUACAAAGCACAGAAAACCUUCAUCGUGAUCAGUAAAGGAAAUACAAUCAAUCGGUUCAAUGCAGAGUCUGCCUGUUACAUUCUAAAUCCAUUUAGUCCUGUCCGCCGAGGAGCCAUCAGAAUACUCAUACAUUCAUUGUUCAGCAUGUUCAUCAUGGUAACAAUCCUGUCCAACUGUGUGUUUAUGACGAUGAGUAACCCCCCAGAAUGGAGCAAAAUUAUGGAAUACGUUUUCACAGGUAUUUACACGUUUGAGGCACUGAUUAAAGUCUUGUCUAGAGGAUUCUGUAUUGGAGACUUUACAUUCCUUCGAGAUCCAUGGAACUGGCUGGAUUUCAUGGUGAUUAGCAUGGCGUAUCUUACAGAGUUUGUGGACCUGGGGAACGUGUCAGCUCUGAGGACCUUCCGUGUUCUCCGAGCCCUGAAAACUAUUACUGUAAUUCCUGGUCUCAAAACCAUUGUUGGUGCGCUCAUCCAGUCCGUAAAGAAACUAGCAGAUGUCAUGAUCCUGACCGUCUUCUGUCUCAGCGUCUUUGCGCUCAUCGGCCUUCAGCUGUUCAUGGGAAAUCUGCGCCAGAAGUGUGUCGUUUGGCCUCCGGUAUUCCCACUCAUCAAUGGCACAACAAACAUGAAUGCGACAGCAAGCUUCAGUGACAAACUAUAUGCAAAUAGUUCUUUUGACUAUGAAGAAUACAUCAAUAAUGAAGAGAACUACUACUUUAUUCCUGGUUCUAUGGAUGCACUUCUGUGUGGAAACAGCUCUGAUUCUGGGCGGUGUCCAGAGGGAUACAUGUGCCUGAAAGCUGGGAGGAACCCAAAUUAUGGAUACACCAGCUACGACAACUUCGGCUGGGCCUUCCUCGCACUCUUCCGCCUCAUGACCCAAGACUUCUGGGAAAACCUGUUUCAGCUGACUCUUCGGUCUGCUGGGAAGACCUACAUGAUCUUCUUUGUCGUCAUAAUCUUCUUGGGCUCUUUCUACCUUAUCAACCUCAUUCUGGCUGUGGUGGCCAUGGCAUACGCAGAACAAAAUGAGGCCACCAAAGCUGAAGCUAAAGCGAAGGAAGAGGAAUAUGAGAUAAUGCUGGAACAGCUGAGGAAACAUGCUGAGCAAAAAAAGGGCAUGGCUAAUGGCAGCUGCACCUCACUCUCAAGCAAGAAGAAAGAUGAUGGCAGUUCUGAGCAUGAUUUAACUGAUGAUGGGGGUGGCAGAGUGAAGACCCAACAUGACAGCAUUGCUCUGAAAGAGGUAUCAAAACUGAAUGGAUCCAAAGCAAGCAUGAACCACCUAGACGUGACCAAUGGGCAUAAUAGAAAACCCAGUGUAGCGGGCAGUGCUAUAGAUGAAUUAGAAGAGUUGGAAAGACCUUGCCCACCUUGCUGGUACACAUUUGCAGACAUAUUCCUAAAGUGGGACUGCUGCACACCAUGGAUCCGGUUUAAAAAGUUUGUGUACUUCAUUGUGAUGGACCCUUUUGUGGACCUGGGCAUCACUAUCUGCAUCGUUUUGAACACUGUGUUCAUGGCCAUGGAGCACUACCCAAUGACUGAAGAGUUUGAAUCAGUCUUAAGUGUUGGGAACUUGGUCUUCACAGGCAUCUUCACAGCUGAGAUGGUCCUCAAACUCAUCGCAAUGGACCCAUACUACUACUUCCAGGUCGGCUGGAACAUAUUCGACAGUAUCAUAGUAACAAUGAGCCUAGUGGAGCUGGGCUUGGCCAAUGUAGAAGGACUGUCUGUGCUCAGGUCCUUCCGUCUUAUGCGUGUCUUCAAGCUGGCGAAGUCCUGGCCAACGCUAAACAUGCUGAUUAAGAUCAUCGGUAACUCUGUGGGUGCCCUCGGCAACCUCACCCUUGUCUUGGCCAUCAUCGUCUUCAUCUUUGCUGUGGUGGGGAUGCAGCUGUUUGCUGGCAGCUACAAGAGCUGUGUGUGCAAGAUCUCUGAGGACUGCGAGCUGCCCCGCUGGCACAUGACCGACUUCUUCCAUUCCUUCCUCAUCGUGUUCCGGAUCCUGUGCGGGGAGUGGAUCGAGACCAUGUGGGACUGCAUGGAGGUGGCGGGUCAGGGCAUGUGCAUCGUAGUCUUCAUGAUGGUCAUGGUGAUCGGCAACCUGGUGGUUUUGAACCUCUUCUUGGCUUUGCUGCUUAGCUCCUUCAGUGGAGACAACAUGGCAUCUGAUGACGACGGUGAAAUGAACAACCUUCAGAUUGCCAUUGGAAGAAUCACCAGGGCCAUUGACUGGGUUAAGGCCACUGUUACUGGACAGGCCAGGAGUGUGCUAGGUCUCAAGCCUGUGGAAAAAGAGAAAAAAGGAAAUGAUGAAGACGACUUCAGAUGCAACAACGAUUUAGUCCUGAACCACAUGGAAUCAGGGGAUAAGCUGGAUGGUGCUGCUGAAAGAGCUAUUGUCCUUUCAGUCAAAGUUCCAAUGGCAAAGCGGGAGUCUGAUUUUGAAAGCCCUUAUGAUGACACGUCUGAUGAUGAAGACAAGAAAGCUGAUGAAAAAUCAAAACUAAAAGACUCAGGUGGAGAUGACUCGUCUUGCAGCACCGUGGACAAGCCACCCGAGGUAGAAGAAGCUGAAUCAGAGGAAGAAGAAGAUCCAACCACCCCAGAGGACUGCUAUACUGAGAAGUGCAUCAGACGGUGUCCCUGCCUGGAUUUAGAUAUCACUCAGGGCAGAGGAAAGUCCUGGUGGGCCUUCCGGAAGACCUGCUUCCUCAUUGUGGAGCACAACUAUUUUGAGACCUUCAUCAUCUUCAUGAUUCUGCUUAGCAGCGGUGCUUUGGCUUUUGAGGACAUUUACCUUGAGCAACGAAGAACAAUUAAAAUAAUCCUGGAGUACGCAGAUCAAGUCUUCACAUAUAUCUUUGUGGUGGAGAUGCUCCUUAAGUGGUGUGCAUAUGGUUUCAAGACUUACUUCACAAAUGCUUGGUGUUGGCUGGACUUCCUCAUUGUUGAUGUCUCCUUGAUCAGUUUGACUGCAAACAUUUUGGGUUAUUCUGAGCUUGGGCCAAUCAAAUCUCUGCGGACACUGAGAGCACUGAGGCCACUUCGUGCUCUAUCUAGAUUUGAAGGAAUGAGGGUGGUGGUCAAUGCUCUGGUUGGGGCCAUCCCCUCUAUUUUCAAUGUCAUGCUGGUGUGCCUGAUUUUUUGGCUAAUCUUCAGUAUAAUGGGAGUGAAUCUGUUUGCUGGGAAGUUCUACCACUGCAUUAACACCACCUCUGAGGAGAUCUUCCCUCCUGAGGUGGUCAACAACAAAAGUGAAUGCUUUUUACUCAUUGAAGGUGGUUAUGAUGCACGAUGGGUAAACCAGAAGGUCAACUAUGACAAUGUGGGCAUGGGAUACCUGUCUCUGCUGCAAGUGGCUACGUUUAAAGGAUGGAUGGAUAUAAUGUAUGCUGCUGUGGAUUCUCGGAACGUAGAAGAUCAGCCAUCUUAUGAGAUAAACCUCUACAUGUACAUAUACUUUGUGAUUUUCAUCAUCUUUGGAUCAUUCUUCACCCUCAAUCUGUUUAUUGGUGUCAUCAUUGACAAUUUCAACCAACAAAAGUCAAAGUUAGGAGGGCAAGACCUCUUUAUGACAGAAGAUCAGAAGAAAUACUACAACGCCAUGAAGAAGCUAGGUUCUAAAAAGCCACAGAAACCUAUCCCACGCCCCCAAAACUGCUGUCAAGGCUUCGUCUUCGACCUCGUCACAAAGCAGUUCUUUGACAUCUUGAUAAUGGUGUUGAUCUGUCUGAAUAUGAUCACCAUGAUGGCGGAGACAGAUGAGCAGAGUAUAGAAGUAGAGGAAAUCCUCUUCUACAUCAAUUUUGCUUUUAUCGUGAUCUUCACUGGCGAGUGUGUGCUUAAAAUCAUUGCCCUUCGUCAGUACUACUUCUCUGUGGGAUGGAAUAUUUUUGAUUUCAUCGUGGUCAUUCUUUCAAUUUUGGGCAUAGUGCUGGCAGACAUCAUUGAGAAAUAUUUUGUGUCACCCACCCUUUUCCGUGUCAUCCGGCUUGCCAGGAUAGGCCGUGUUCUGCGUCUGAUCCGAGGAGCUAAAGGCAUUCGGACGCUGUUGUUCGCUCUCAUGAUGUCUCUUCCUGCUCUCUUUAACAUCGGCCUGCUCCUCUUUUUAAUCAUGUUCAUUUUCUCUAUAUUUGGCAUGUCCAACUUUGCCUAUGUGAAAAAAGAAAUGGGCAUCGAUGACAUGUUCAAUUUUGAAACCUUUGGGAACAGCAUCAUAUGCCUCUUUAUGAUCACGACUUCUGCAGGAUGGGAUGGGCUCUUGUCCCCUAUCCUUAACAGCGCACCUCCUGACUGCGAUCCAGAUAUCCAGAACCCCGGCUCGGACGUCAGGGGUAACUGUGGGAACCCGGCAGUGGGAAUUGUCUUUUUCUGUACCUACAUUGUCAUAUCCUUCCUUGUGGUGGUCAACAUGUACAUCGCUAUUAUCCUGGAGAACUUCAACGUGGCAACUGAGGAGAGUGGCGAGCCCUUGUGCGAGGAUGACUUUGAGAUGUUCUAUGAGACUUGGGAAAGGUUCGACCCGGAUGCUUCUCAGUUCAUUGCCUACAGCUCUCUGUCUGAUUUCUGCGACACGCUGAAGGACCCACUGAGGAUUCCCAAGCCAAACACGAUAAAGUUGAUCACCAUGGACCUCCCCAUGGUACCAGGCGACAAGAUCCACUGUCUGGACAUCUUGCUGGCUCUCACAGCUGAAGUGCUUGGUGAGUCUGAGGCUAUGGACUCUCUCAAAGCGACCAUGGAGGAGAAAUUCAUGGCCAACAAUCCAUCCAAAGUGUCUUACGAGCCAAUAACCACCACUCUUCGGCGCAAGCAGGAGGAGGUGGCUGCCGUGGUCAUCCAAAGAGCCUACCGUAAGCACGUGCUCAAGCGCACUCUCAAACAAGCCUCUUACAUGUUCAGAGAAAAGUCUGAUUUGACAAGGAAAGGCGAGGAGCCUCCAGAGAAAGUAGGAAUGGUUGCAAAACAACUGAGCCAGCUGUACGGUGAUCACGCUGUGGAGGAGCUUCCUCCUGCAAGCAUUCUUCACCUACAGAAAAGGGACAUAGCAGGAAAAGCAAGGGGAAAGAUCCCCUCUGUAGAGGUGCAGAGCGAGGUGAUCUUGCACUCUGCUCCUUUCAGCGCCCCCGAGUCUUCAGCUUAUGUGGACAAUCUGAGAGAGUCUAUUGUGUAGCAAGUGCAUGGAUCUUUCAUUGCUUUUAUUAAUCCUAAAGCACGAUAACAGCUUUUUUGAGUUAUAUUUUGACACCUGCAGCUUCCUAAUAAGAAUUCAAUGCUUCAAGGGCUUCCUAAAGGGAAUUCAAAUAAUGGAAUGUCAAGUUAAUUUGAUUCUGAAAAAGGCACAGAAUCAUGUAUGUAUCAGCGUAUCAUGUAUCAGUGUAUGCAGUUUUAAUCUCAUCCAGGUCGUAUUUUCAUGUGCCAAUUUGCUUCUUUAUCUCAGUGCAAGAGUUGCUAAACACUGGAAGUUAACAGUCUUUUUGUAAAUGCUUAAAUAAACAUUUUAAUAUCACAGAACAACUAGGUUCAUUAUGACUUAAUGUAAAAGAUGCACUACCUCUAGAAAGACACGAGCUGUGUUCAGAGUUAUCUAAUUAUCUCAUUCACUAUUCACUAUGUAGCAUUUGCUACAUAGUGAACUGCCCAGGGGACGACUGAACGACAACCAGUCUUUGUUUGCGUCACUCUGUACCUCUGGUAUCACCACUGCAUUGAAUUAUAGAGUUUGUUGUUGUUUCUGUAAUGAGAGCGAUUCUGAACACAGCUUUGAGUAUGGUUAAAGUAGGUUGGGAGAAGCGGUUCAUAUUCACAUAAAUGAUUUUGGUGAUUAUUGUUUUUUUAUUUAAUUUUUUUCUACAUUGGCCUUGUAGUAUAUGCAAAUAUUAGAUUGCAGACCUGUCUUAGUUAUAUCAAGAAAAAGUGGAAACAAUUUUUUAUGCUUAAAUAUUCCUUUGAAAACUGAAGAAACUGACUGUAACCAGAGUAUGAAAGUGAUUCUAUAUAGCUAUAUUCUAUAUGAGUCAGAGUGUUAUUGACUCUUCUUUAAGCUCAGAUCACAUUUAAUUUUACUGUAUCUGCUCUGAGUAGUAACAGAUAUACAAAUAGAGAAUGUGAUAAAAGGUUUAUCAUCUGUGAAUAGUUUUGAUACUACACUGGAGAGCUUAAAGGUGCUAAAAGGCGAUUUAUUUUUGUCUGCAUAAAAUAUGCAUUUUUUUUUCAUUUUUAAAACACUUUAUUUUCAAUUUAUUGUAGUUUAACAUCUUAACAUUUGACAACAACUACUGCUAAAAUUUAACCCCCUCUGUUUCUAGGUGAAUACACACCUAGAAAGAAAUACUCACUAAAUAAAUACACACAACCAUGCGCACACACAAAUGACUUCAUAUAAGGAUAAUAGCAUGUUUUUUUUUUUUAGGUGUCACAUCCUCUACAGAGAAUUUUUUGCACAUUCUAAAGAUUAAUUAUCGUAUUUUGUUGCAAAAUGAAAAUCCUUUCAUUUUCCCUAAAUUUAUCAGUGCUCCUUAUAAUCUGGAGCACCUUAUGUAUGAAUUCUACCAGUCAGGUUGUAAGAAGCAGUAAAGCCACUCGGCUGAAGUACAGACUUAUGCAGAAGUUUCAGUUUAGUUCCCUAGCAGUAUUAGCAUUAGCCGCUAACUGCGCUAAGUGCUAGGUCUUUUUCCAUUCACUAAAGGCUAGAUAUUUAACCAUUAAAAAGUGAGUAUAUCAGCCUGUAGCCUGCAUGUUUACUAUUUUAAAACAAGCUACGUGGCUUGUUAGCUUAUAUCACCUUUGCUUACCGGAACACUCAUGGUUCCUCAGUAUAGCGUUGUCUGGCUGCAUUAGUCGCUAACCGCGGCUGGAAAUAUGAAAAUCUUAGCUUACUGUAAAUAAAUGGAAGUGUCAAAUAAACAGUUUCCAGGAGAGAAAUCUGUAUAGAGUAAUAUCCAGCGCUCGUUUAACUUUAAAAUAUAUAUAUUUUUAAGAAUUACAGUUUUGUUUCCUUAGCUUAGCAUUACAGAUUUUACAACCUAGCGGCUAACUAAACUCAAGUGUCCAAUAGUGCGCCUUAUAAUCCUGUGUGCCUUAUGUAUGAAAAUAGACCAGAAAAUAGAUGUUUGUUGAUUGUUUGGCUGAUCAUGCGGAGCACCAUAUAGUGCUUAGAAAUCGGUAUUGAUUUCUGGGUUGGCUUUGUUUAAAUAAUGUAAAAAAAUAUGUUUUUGUGCAAAAGUAGAGACAUAUAAAAUUGUUAAAUUCAUUUAAUAUGUUAAAUUAAAAAAAUAAAUGGUCAAUAUAUUUGUUUCUCUUACACACAUUUAUCUAUACAAUAUGUAUUUUGAUCAGGGGUGUCUAAACCUUUGCUUAACUUCUGCUUGCUCUCACUUGUUGUAGAGGCUGUAUAAAACCUGUAAGCUGGUAAUCUGGUUGUAUACCUCUAUUACUAACAACAGUAUACACAUACAAGAUUGUUAAUAAUAAAUGUUAAAAAUGUAUUUCAACCUAAUAUGCCUUGGGAUCUUCUACAAACAAACCACAGUGCUGUGAAAAAAAUGUCUGAAUGUGUUGCUUAUACACAUCCACACAUGCAGUCGGGGUUUACUGAGUAAGAACAGGAAAGGGCUUGUUUGAUAUAAAGUGAAAAACAUACUAAUGCUUGACUAUCAUUAUUCAUUUUAUAACAUUAUGGUGAUUUUUUGCAUUUUACAUGUUUUUGUUUAAUUUUGUGAAUUUAAAAAUCUUACAAUUACAUUUCACUGCUUUAAUGUUUUUUUUUUCGUUUAGCUUAAACAUCACUAACACAAAACACAGGCUAUAGACUACAGAAGAAGGAAAAAGAUACAGCAAAAAUGAAGAUACAGAAUUUUAGCAUGAAGACUAUGGCAUUUUUAUUUGACUUUACUUUAUUGUGACUUUCUUUGCAAGUCUUUUAUUGAUGUUCAGAUGUUAAAUGUGUGAGCUAUAAAGACUAUGAUGACCAUACUUAUGGUCUAGUCACAUGAUAAUGCAUAUAUUGUACAAUAACCAUCUAGAAAAACAUUUGAAAACAUUUUAACAUGCAUAGUUAUUGCUUAGCCAGAUAUGCAAAUCAGACACUAUAUAUGUAACUGAAUGCAUUUUAUUCAUAUGGGGUUUAUGUUACCAACUGUAAAUACUAACAGAUUAAUAUUAAUAAUAAACAUCCAAAUAUAACGCAUAA